CCUCCCCCUUGUCCACCACCCGGCCUCUGAGAAGCGCAUCAAGAAGCGCGAGCCCAUUGCACUCUUCAAGCAACCAUCGAGACUAUCAGGAGAAGCACUGGCGGCGACGGCUGCCAUGAGCUCGAAUUGAUAGCUGUUCUGAGGGCGGCUUUUGCACAACAGUGCGUCCAGCGACGACUCUGUAGCAUAACAAAGGAUCAUUCAAUACCUACAAUCUACAUCUAAAAACAUACACCCAACCCUCUGAUGGCCGCAUCAACUCGAGCGAUCACGCCCACGCACUCUGGCCCUUUCACCGCGCCCAACAGGCCGUCCACUCCCAACUCAAUAGGCGUCAACGCCGCCAGCCGCAACUCGAACUCAGCAGCAACGUUUGGCACGCAUCUCACCAAGUCUCCGCGCGGUCUCUCGCCGGGGCACUCUCCUCAACCGCUGACGGGCGCGACUGCUAUGGCCGACGAGCGCCGUCUGAGAGAGCAAGAGAAGUCUCGACAGACUAGUCCUAAUCCAGCACUCGCAAUCGUCCAGAGCCUCAUUGGCACCGCGCCGUCCGUAAUGAGCCGACCCAAGGACGCGCCCCCAGAGCCCGCGCAAAUGAGCGCACCGCUUGAAAAGGCGGCCAAGUCCAUCGUGAUUCCUGAGCAAGUCACCGGGGACAACAUGCAAACAAGUCCCGUGAGUCUUUCUAGCUUUGGCUCCGCUGACUCUACCACCGCCCCGACCGCAACUGCCACCGAGGCCACCGCCGGACCGAUGACAAUGACGAUGGGCAACCCUCCGACUCAAGAUGGCCUGCCUCCGCCACACCACCAUCAACCCAUUGCUCCAAAUCCAGGUGACGCGCCUAGCAACCGCGCAUUUACCUUCCCCGGCCCAUUGGCUCCAGACCUCGACCCUCGUGCUCCAUCGCGCCAGAUGAGUCUCCCCGGAUACGGGCAGAACAGUCCCAAGUCGCCCUCAACCAAGCGCCACAAAUGUCCCUACUGCUCGACCGACUUUACGCGACAUCACAAUCUCAAGAGCCAUCUCUUGACGCACAGCCAGGAGAAGCCAUAUGAAUGUCCCACGUGCCAAGCCCGCUUCCGCCGUCUGCAUGAUUUGAAACGCCACACGAAACUUCACACUGGCGAGCGACCACACACCUGUCCCAAAUGCGGCCGCCGAUUUGCGCGCGGCGACGCCUUGGCCCGCCACAACAAAGGCCAGGGUGGCUGUGCUGGUCGACGGUCAAGUUUCGGGCUUGACGAUGAUAUGGCUGAUGCUAAGGGUGAGGAUGGCAUGGAUGGCGUCGUUUACCAUGAAGACCACGAUGGAGACGCUAGGAUGGAAGAUGACGAAGAUGGCGAGGGACAUCGGCGUGUGAGUGAGCCAGCGCGUAAGAGGCAAAAUACCGGAAACUCUACGCAAGCUCCGUCAAGUCUUUCGUCGAUCCACUACAACGCCAACCAGGCCAACGUAUUUGGGCAGGGCGGAAUGACCGAGAGUCCGAAGCCCCUAUCCCCAGGCCAGACCGAGCACCAUCGACUUGGUGCACCGCAAGGCAGCCUUCCAGGCGCCCGCUCACCGAACAUGUCGCAGCAAUUGCAUCACCAGAACUUUGCUGGUGGCGCUGGACGCGGCGGGUCGCCAAUGGGCAUGGCUCCUCCGCACGGCUCAAGCGGCCCGCAGUUGCCAGCUUUACCCUUGCCAAGUCUCCACCCUAUGACAGGUGCCCGCCAAGGCUCGCAGGGCGGAAAAGGAAGCGGACCCAGCAUGCUCCAGCACCAACAGAUGCCCGGCCCAGGAACCGCUUCCCAACCUGGAAGCAUGUCAAGUCACGGCGCCAGCAGCGUGGGCAGCAUGCGCGAAGUCAUUGGAGGUCGGGAUAUCGACAUCUAUUCCUAUGUGCGUGAAGUUGAGGGCCGCAUGGCACGAAUGAAGGAAGAACACGAGCAGAAGAUGGCCUCGCUGCAGGACGAAGUGACCACUCUUCGCGCCCAACUUGCUCAGCAACAUCAGCAACAGCAACAGCAACAGCAACAGCAACAGCAACAGCAACAGCAAGCUGCGACUCAACAAGGCCAUUAG